UAGAUCUGCUUGGAUUUCAACUCGAUGCUGCCACGUCAUCUAAAACAAUCUAAGGGCCAGCAGUAAAACACUCCAGAUUACCAAUUUUAAGCCAGCCGCACCGAAUUCCUUCGCAUAUCCCAAAACGCAACCAUCCAACCAUUCCCGCACUGGAGAAGCUCGCCAAUCGGACAACCGUCGGAGCUCGGUGGAGGCCCGUGGACGGUUUGCGGAAACUAAAGAGACGGCGGCGCGAGGUUCUUCGAGACGUCGAUGAACUCCUCGUCGUCGGAUUUGGGGAUGGGUAUCAGCAAUGUUCCGCCAAUCUCAUCUUUUCCUCUUUGUUCCCACUGUAAAUCAUAUAAGUCCUAGAUAAUUGUUCAAGAUUGAAGCUUCGUUUCCGUCUGAAAAGCUUAUGAUUUGAAUUGAACUGGGGAAGUUAGUGGCCGGAUUGCAUCAUGCAAGGACUCGAUCAAGUUAGUUAUGCAUCAGUAAGUAAAUUGGUAUUAGAUUGGUCUUUCCCGUUCCUUCCUGACUGCACACAACUACUUUCAUCAUCACUCCUUUAUCAGGCAUGAAGGUGGAUUUCUGUCACAGAAGGAACGGAGGAUGAGAGAGGUUGAAAGAGUGAGAAAGGAUAAAGAAGGGAAGACUGAUCUGAUAUGGGUGGUCUCAGGUUCUUCUUUGAGAGUAUUUUACUGCUGGCCCUUAGAUUGGCUUUAGAUGACAUGGCAACUUGGAGUUGAAAUCCAAGCAGAUCUAAGCAAGGUUUCUCCAAGCAGAGAAGCCAAAUACUUGGCGGUUUAAAAAAAAAGGAGUAGUCUUCGUUGUUAUGGAAAAAGCCGCCGACGAAGUAACGAAGGCUGUCUCCGAUUUGACGAUGGACGGGGAAGGCGGCACUAAAAUAAGCAAAAACGCACUCAAGAAGGAGUUGAAGAACCAGAAGAAGGAAGAGGAGCGGCGCCGCAAAGAGGAGGAGAAAGCUGCACAGGCUGCUGCCAGCGGUUCGCAGCCAAAGGGGAAAAAUGCAGCUAAUGAAGAUGAAGAAAUGGACCCAAGGCUAUAUCAUGAAAACAGGCUCAAGUAUAUUGCUUCGAUAGAAAACGCAUACCCUCACAAAUUCAAUGUUACAAUGUCUGAUCAAACAUAUCUGGAAAAAUUUGGGGGCCUAGAGAAUGGGGAGCAUAAGGAGGAUAUCACUGUUUCAUUGGCAGGGCGAAUCAUGCGCAAAAGAUCGUCCAGCACAAAGCUUUUGUUUUAUGAUUUGCAUGCCACUCCUGGUGGUUGGAAGGUCCAAGUUAUGGCAGAUGCCAGGACAUCAGAGCUGGAUGAAUCUGAAUUUAUUAGGUUCCACUCCACUGUCAAGCGUGGUGAUCUUGUUGGUAUUAGUGGGUUUCCAGGGAAAACUAAGAGGGGAGAGCUUAGUAUAUUCCCAAGAUCAUUUACAGUGCUAUCACAUUGCUUGCAUAUGUUGCCAAGGUCGAAACCUGAGCGUGUUCCUGAUAAUGCCAAUGUGGAGAGAACUGAUGGAUGGGUCCCAGGACGUCCCAGGAAUCCUGAAACAUACACUCUGUAUCAGGAAACUCGUUAUCGUCAACGUUACCUGGAUUUAAUAUUGACCAGCGAAGUUCGACAAAUAUUCAAGACCAGAUCCAAGAUCGUCAGGUACAUCAGGAAGUACUUUGACGAACUUGAUUUCCUGGAGGUCGAGACUCCAAUGAUGAACAUGAUUGCUGGUGGCGCGGCUGCCCGUCCUUUUGUCACCUAUCAUAAUGAUCUGAACAUGAAGCUUUUCAUGCGUAUUGCACCCGAACUCUAUCUCAAGCAGUUAGUUGUUGGUGGACUGGACCGUGUAUAUGAGAUUGGGAAGCAAUUCAGAAAUGAGGGUAUUGAUUUGACACACAAUCCUGAGUUCACCACAUGUGAAUUUUACAUGGCCUAUGCUGAUUACAAUGACGUGAUGACGAUGACUGAGGAAAUGCUGAGUGGGAUGGUCAAGGAAAUUACAGGAGGAUAUAAAGUUAUGUACCAUUCAAAUGGGCUUGAUAAGGAUCCUAUUGAAAUAGACUUCACUCCCCCUUUCCGAAGGAUCGACAUGGUCGAAGAACUAAACAGGAUUGCAAAUCUCAACAUAAACCCAAAGGAUCUUUCCAGUGAGGAAGUAAACAGUUAUCUCAAGGAGGCGUGCAAGAAGUUUGAGAUCCAAUGUUCCCCACCUGAAACAACCGCCCGUUUACUGGACAAGCUUGUGGGACACUUUUUAGAGGAGACGUGUGUCAAUCCAGCAUUUAUAAUUAACCAUCCGGAGAUAAUGAGUCCGUUGGCUAAGUGGCACAGAUCGAAGCCUGGCCUUACUGAACGAUUUGAGUUGUUUAUCAAUAAACAUGAGGUUUGCAAUGCAUACACUGAAUUGAAUGAUCCUGUGGUACAACGCCAACGGUUUGCUGAUCAACUUAAGGAUCGAGCUUCAGGUGAUGAUGAAGCAAUGGCUUUGGACGAAACAUUUUGUACUGCUCUGGAGUAUGGGUUACCUCCUACUGGUGGCUGGGGCUUGGGUGUUGACCGCUUAUGCAUGUUACUGACAGACUCACAGAAUAUUAAGGAAGUGCUUCUAUUCCCGGCCAUGAAACCCCAAGAUGAUCAACCUCCAGCAGAACCAACAAUCGCAGGUGCUUAGCUGUUGGACUGUUAGGAGUAUUGGUUUUGCUGCAAUCAAUUCUCAUUUUAUGCGUUGGUAAGACUUGAAGCAGUUGUCGACAUGUUGAUGCAUCCUGGGCUUGUUUUUGUUACUACUGUUUCUCAAGUUAUUGCUAAAAUGCCUGAUGGGUAACUUGUUUUUUGAGUAACAUCUAAAAUGUACCCAUAUUAAUGCAGUAGCUCCCAGAGCGUUGAUUAUUUGUGAUUGACAAAGUAAUUCAUCAAUCGUUUGGAACCUUGGCAUUGCUCUCAAUUCUAAUGUUGUGAAUUUGGUCUUCCCAUUGUAGUCUUUCAAAUUGGCAGAUUGCAUGUUGUAGUAAAAGAAUCCAGGUUGAACCGUC